AUGGUCUGCAACCAGGUGACGGUCAAAAUCACUCCCCCUGAGCACAGGCUGAGCCCUGGCGCAUCCUGGCGGCGCGCACCCGUCGAGGAGCGCCCAGAUCCCUGUGCCAAGGAGACGGUGCUGCAGGCCCUGAGCCGCUGCAAGAAAGGAGAAAGGAAGUUUGAUGGACCGCUCUGGUUUGAGACCGCAGAGCCCAGGCCGUCCGCCUUCAGGCCACUGACUAAAAACGGAGUAGUCCCUUCCUUUGUGCCCAGGCCGGGGCCUCUGGACAGAAGGCUCCGCGCCUGCAGCUACAAUGUCUGCAAGGAGGAGGCUGUCCCUGGGCCUGAGGUCCAGCCUUGCGGGUCUGCCGCCCACCCAGCCGCAGCGACAGCGUCACCCCAGGGUGCAGAUGCUCAGCUGGACUGCUGCGAGAAGAUGCAGCCCCCGCGGGGCCUCGGGCAGUCCUCCAGAGCACGAGAGGAGCACGAGAGCGCACACGCCCAAAGCAUCUAA